CGAACGCGAUUAUGGCGGCUAGAAAGGGCUGGGCGUCCGGCUAAUCGAAGAAGACGGAGGCGAUCGGCAAAAAUAGGCCGCCGAACUUGGAAUUCUGCAACACUGGAUCAGACCUGGGAUUUUGGUUUGAUUCUGGAUUAAAAAGCUCAGCCUCCACCGCAUCUGCUUCCUACUACCACACCGAACACCAGUCGAAAGGAAAAUCUUCUUACUUUUCCUUUAGAAUCAGGACUGGUAAUACCAAAUGCAUGGGUAGGUCGGCUCUUACUCAUUUAAGCUUCUCUUCUCUGCGUUUUCUUUCUACAAACACCUCCAAAUCUGCUGUAAACGAACUUGCCAGUCUCUGCUCCAAAGGGUACACAAAAGAAGCCUUUGAGAGGUUUAAACCUCAAAUAUGGGCAGACCCAUCUCUCUUCUCUCACCUUAUUCAUUCUUGUAUCUCCCAGAAAUCACUUUCUUUAGGAAAACAGCUUCAUUCUUUGAUAAUUGUAUCUGGGUGUUCAAGGGACAAAUUUGUGUCAAAUCACACACUAAACAUGUACGCCAAAUUUAGAGAGCUACAGAGUGCUUUGGCUUUGUUUGAUGUUAUGCCAUUAAAGAAUAUAAUGUCUUGUAACAUUUUGAUUAAUGGGUAUCUGCAAAUUGGUGAUUUGGACGGUGCCAGACAGGUGUUUGAUGAAAUGACUGAGAGAAAUAUUGCCACAUGGAAUGCCAUGCUUGCUGGUUUCAUUCAGUUCGAACAUAACGAGGAGGGGUUAAGAUUGUUUAGAGAAAUGCGUGAGUGGGAGUUUAUGCCUGAUGAGUAUGCUCUUGCUAGUGUUCUUAGGGGCUGUGCAGGUUUGAGAGUUCUGUCUGCAGGGAGGCAGGUUCACGGUCAUCUGAUAAAAUGUGGGUUUGAGGUCAAUUUGGUUGUUGGGAGCUCUUUGGCUCAUAUGUAUAUGAAAUGUGGGAGCUUGGAGGAAGGAGAAAAGGUGAUUAAAUCUAUGCCAAUCCGCAAUGUGGUUGCUUGGAAUACACUUAUUGCAGGAAAAGCUCAAAAGGGGUGCUCUGAGAAUGUUUUGGUUGAGUACAAUAUGAUGAAACUGUCAGGUUUUAGGCCUGAUAAGAUUACUUUUGUGAGCGUGAUUAGUUCAUGUUCUGACUUGGCAACGCUUGGACAAGGUCAGCAGAUUCAUGCUGAAGUGAUCAAGAAUGGUUCUAGUUCAGUCAAUGGUGUGAUAAGUUCAUUAAUUAGCAUGUAUUCAAAGUGUGGGUGUCUGGAAGGUUCUGUAAAAGCCUUUUCUGAAUGUGAAGAACCUGAUACAGUGUUGUGGAGCUCAAUGAUUGCUGCUUAUGGGUUUCAUGGACGAGGAGAGGAAGCCAUCAAGUUGUUUGACAAGAUGGAGCAGGAAGAGUUGGAGCCAAACGAUGUUACCUUCUUGAGCUUACUUUAUGCUUGUAGUCAUUGUGGUUUGAAAGAAAAAGGACUUAAAAUCUUUGACCUGAUGCAGAAGUAUGGACUAAAGCCUGGUGUACAACACUAUACUUGUGUAGUUGACCUAUUUGGUCGUUCUGGUUGUCUGGAUAAAGCAGAGGUUACAAUAAGAUCAAUGCCAGUGCAGGCAGAUGUUAUCAUAUGGAAGACUUUGUUAUCUGCGUGUAAGAUCCAUAAGAAUGCAGACAUGGCAAAAAGGGUUGCCAUAGAAGUACUUAGGCUUGAUCCUCAGGAUUCCGCUUCUUAUGUACUCCUUUCAAACAUUCAUGCGUCUGCUAAAAUGUGGCAGGAUGUAUCUGCUGUAAGAAAAUCCAUGAGAGAUAGGAGAGUGAAGAAGGAACCUGGUAUAAGCUGGUUGGAAAUCAAAAAUAAGAUUCAUCAGUUUUGCAUUGCUGAUAAAUUCCAUCCACAAUCAGAGGAGAUCGAUUUGUAUUUGAGAAAACUAACUUCAGACAUGAAGUUACGGGGUUAUAUACCUGACACUGCAUCUGUUCUGCAUGAUAUGGAUAAUGAGGAAAAAGAAUACAACCUGACUCAUCAUAGUGAGAAGUUGGCUAUUGCUUUUGCUCUAAUGAAUACUCCCCCAGAUACUCCAAUAAGGGUGAUGAAGAACCUACGAGUUUGCAGUGAUUGUCAUGUCGCUAUUAAGUUCAUAUCAGAGAUCAAAAACAGAGAGAUAAUCGUGAGGGAUGCUAGUAGAUUUCAUCAUUUUAAAGAUGGGAAAUGUUCUUGUGGAGAUUAUUGGUAAGAGGAUUCUCUACCACCCAAGCAGUAGAUGAUGCCAUCUAUUUUUUCUAUUUAGCUAGUUUACAAUAAUCUAAUUUGGCUCCCAUAUUUUUUUGGUUAUAACCACGAGUAGACAUUCACAAAUGGAAGAAUCACAUUUGCUUCCUAAUUGCUUGAAACAGUAACAUUUUUUUAGAGGUUCAGAUGAGUGUGUAUUGUGUUGUGCCUGCAUAUCUUCAGUUGAAUCUAUUUCAGCUGAACAAAAAGUAGCUAGAAAAGAAAUUAAACUUUUAUUU